AUGUAUUUCAGGAACUUCUUCUUGUCCCUUUUUUUGGUCUUCGCCGUCGGCUUCGCGCUGGUUCAGGCUGAAGAAUCCAAGGAGCCUCGUGGCCCCAAGAUUACUAGCAAGGUCUACUUCGACAUUCAGCAUGGAGAUGAGUCCCUCGGUCGCAUCGUGAUGGGCUUGUACGGCAAGACCGUCCCUGAGACCGCUGAGAACUUCCGCGCUCUGGCUACUGGCGAAAAGGGCUUUGGCUACCAGGACUCUACUUUCCACCGUGUUAUCAAGGAUUUCAUGAUCCAGGGUGGUGACUUCACCAGGGGCGAUGGCACUGGCGGCAAGUCGAUCUACGGCAACAAGUUCAAGGAUGAGAACUUCAAGCUGCGCCACACCAAGAAGGGCCAACUGAGCAUGGCCAACGCCGGCAAGGAUACCAACGGCUCCCAGUUCUUCAUCACCACCGCUAUCACCUCAUGGCUUGAUGGCCGCCACGUCGUAUUCGGCGAGGUCCUCGAGGGCUACGAGGUUGUCGACAAGAUCCAGAAUGUUGCCAAGGGCUCCGGUGACAAGCCCAAGCAGCCUGUUAAGAUCGUCAAGAGCGGUGAGCUCGAGGUGGAGCCCCAGACUGAGGCCGAGGACAAAGAAUUCGACCAAGAGCCAGCGAUCUCCGAUGAGGCUCCCGCUGCCGAGAACGCUACACCAUCCUACCCCAUGCAGCCGGUCCUUGUUUUCUUCGUUCUGGUUGCGGCCGUAGGUAUCUGGUUUGUCCGCCGACGAGGCCAGCAACAGCAAGAGAAAGACCAGUACGAUGCGUAG